CUGAAGAGGCUCCACAUCAGAUAUUCCUAUACCGCCAACAAUCAAUAUUGCAUUUAUUAUACGGAGCCUAAAUAUGGCCUAGAAAUAGAUGAUGCUACUGAUUUUUCAAACUCGUGCGCGUGAAAAAGGCUGGAUUACUGACGAGUAGGAUUGAAUUAAUCAAUGGCAAUGAUGAUAAUAAAUAAAUAGUAAUUUUUACCACGGAUAACUGUUUGAUUUCAAAUGGAUUUUCGAAGUUGGCAUAACCUCGCUUUCUUGGAGGUGAAAAGUGUCAUCAGUGCAUUUUUUGUAAACACGACUUGAGAAAAAAUGAUGAUUUCCGGCUAAAAAUACUCCCAGGAACAAUGACAGACGCUGCAGAGGUGACAACGGAGGAGAGCAACGACCGCGCGUACAGAAUAAAAGCUGGUGUGUUCCUCACUGCCGUCGCUGGAGUCUCCAUUCUCGCCGGAUUCAGUCGCACCAUCAUGACGGCCAAGCGGAAAGAUCCGAGCGUCUUCGAGACCGCCAAGGCGGGCAACGUGGCGCUGCUGGAGGGCGGCAGCCGGCUGGCCCUGCGGGCUCUGGGCUGGGGCACGCUGUACAGCGUCGUGGGCGUUGGCGCCUUCUGCUACGGCUGCUGGAAGCUCUCCGGCGCCUCCAAUAUGGAUGAGUUCAAGAUGAAAGUCAGAGGAACGUUCCCGCAAGUGCCAAGAAAUGACCCGCCAAAGAGUCGGACGGACUUCGACGGCCUCACAGAUCUCCUCAAGUACCUCUCGACGUGGGGCAGAGAGUGA